AUGGACCAGUGGUUCCACAGGAAUCCAUAUAAGGCUACAGGGCGUCCUAUAUUCGACUUAGGGCCAAUAUCUACAACGAGUUCUGCACGGACCCUCUGCAGGUCAUAAACGCAUUCUUAUAUCUAAAGUACUUCUGAACCUGCAUUGCCUUUAUAGUCCACAUGGACUAUAUAUAUUUAUAUUUUUAUGCUUGAAGAUAAUAAGUUCUUUAGAAGGAGUAGGAGCUUUAUUAGUAGAUUUUCGAUGUAGGUUUCCCGUGUCGUCAGACUCGAAUAAAUGUACAGAAAGCAGUCAAAAUUUCAAACGUGCCUUAUAGUCGAUACCUUUCCGGCAAUUAUGCCAUGUACAAAAAUCUCAGGAAGGGGUGGAAGAGACGAGAACCAAAUGGAUACAUAAUAAACUAUGCGGAUGACGCCUACUGGCGGAAAUGCCGGCCAGAGAGGUAUCUCUCCGCAUAGCUUAUUAUGUAUCCAUUGGUUCUCGUCUCUUCCACCCCUUCCUGAGAUUUUUGUACAUGGCAUAAUUGCCGGAAAGGUAUCGACUAUAAGGCACGUUUGAAAUUUUGACUGCUUUCUGUACAUUUAUUCGAGUCUAUCGACGACACAAAAACCGAAGUCGAAGAUUUACUAACAAAGUUCUUACUUUUAUCAAAGAAAUAUAAUCUGAAGAUAGUAGGUUAACCUACUAUCUUCAGAUUAUAUUUCUUGGGAUGCCUGUCUUUCAAUAUAUAUAUAUAUAUAUAUAUAUAUAUAUAUAUAUAUAUAUAUAUAUAUAUAUAUAUAUAUGGACAGGCAACACGUACAAUGUCUGUAGAAAACCGAAUAUCGAGCCGACUGAUAUGUGACUAAUCACGGAAAGCUUGCUUAUAGUCACCGAACGCAUGCCACUGCCGCUGAUAACCCUCAUUCGAUUUUUUUCUUUUUCAAAUUCACAAUAAACGUGUCGUGAAUGUGUAUCGCGAUGCAGGCGUUUCCUGGUUGCUUAAGUCCUUUUGUUUUUUUAUACCGGUUUGUCCUGUUGUUUUUUUACAUUUAGAUGUGCUCAUGGCUUUAUAUUUUUUCAAAUACGUACUGUUUGUAGUCAUGCAGCCGACAAACGUCAGCGGCUCCUGGACAUGUUCUCCGACCCAAACCUUUCUGCCGAAACGUUAAU